GACACAACGAAACAUCGAACGGAACGUAUGCAGAGUGCAUCUCGCAGUGUUUUCACUGCAAAAAAAUGUUGAAAUAAGCUUCCAUUCAUUACAGGUUUGGUGAAGGUUGCUCUCAAAGUGUCCAGAAUGACAUCCACCGUUCCUGAACUUACGAGUGACCCUGUGGGUUCUGAGAGUUACGUGAAGCUCUCGUGGAAAUCUUUUGAGUCUCACGCGACGGAAAUGUCUCGUCAAAUUUCGGACUUGAGACAAGGAGGACACUGGGUCGACACUACCCUGAUCGCUGGAGGACACAAAUUGAUGGUCCACAAACUGGUCCUUUCAGCAAGCAGCUUAUUUCUAAGGAACAUUUUGGAUGACAUAAGUGUGCCCGAUCCGUGCAUAAUUCUCCCCAGCGACGUGAACAUAGAGGAACUGUCCAUCCUGAUCGAAUUUCUGUACAGAGGCGAAAUCAAGCUUUCGGUGGGCCAGCUGCCUUCGCUGUCACGGCUGGCGCAAAUGCUCGGCAUCCCUGGCCUCCCAGGUUUCACCGAUGCUGUUCUCUCAAAGCCAAAUGAAGAGAAUGAGUGGUUAGUGGAGGACGACGAGAGUCGCGAGGAGGAGUUUAAGGAUGAUGAAAUGGACGAGUCUGCUGGCACGAAUUCACCAGAGGUCCCAAUCAAGUCUCCUUCAAAGCUCAUUUCUCAAGGAGGGGAAGCCAAACGAAACAACAGUGGGACAUACAGCGCUUCAAACGUGGAGGAAGGCUUCAAACUGCUGCAAAGCGGCAAGUCGAUCGGGCAAGCGGCGAAAUUGGCAGGCGUGCCUCGCACCACGCUGUACAGCAAAGCGAAGAGCUGCGGCGUCAUCCUGAAGCAGGACAAAGAGGUCAGGUACACGGCUCAGCAAGUGGAAGACGCGGUUCGGGCCGUUCUCGCUGGCCAGAGUCUGAAAAGUGCUGCCGACCAGUUCGGAGUGUCCAAGACUGUGCUUUGGCGUCGCACGCAAAGCCUGAGACCAGCUUUGCCGAAGAAAAAGCAGGUCAGAUACUCGAGUGCCCAGAAACAGGCUGCGGUCAAUGCGCUCAAGUGUGGCGCCAAGGCCAGGACGGUCGCUCAGGAAUUUGGAAUCCCUGCGGCGACGUUGUACCGAGAAAAGACGAGACUCAUGGAGUUGGGCGCGCUGCCCGGGGAAGGCGGCAAAAAGCGCUCUUUGGAGGACGCGAUGGACAGGCAACUCAGGGUGCAGCAAGCGGUCAUCGCCUGCAAGGAGGGAAAAAUGUCGCAGUCAUCGGCCGCUAGUCAUUAUGAGGUGCCGAAAACGACGAUAUGGAGGCGGCUGCGUUCUUCCACUCGUUGUUCGUCAAACAUUCCGAAAAUAGACUUGGACAGCAACGCUCCCAUGACCAUCGGCAGCGCCCACCAGAAAGAAAGCGACACAGACUUUGCCACGUUCGUGAUAGACGGGACGAACCUGAAACUGAUCUCCGAGGAGGACACCAUGUCCAUGGAGUCGUCGCACUACAUCGUGCUGUCCGGCAGCGACGCAGACAGUUUGCCAGGCCUCCAAGUCAUGCUCCCACAAACUGAGGAAGGCAGCGUGGUUUGCGAGGUGGAAGAGCUGAGCCACCAAGGAGUCGACAUAGAAGUGAUAGCUGAGUCAGGCGAAAAAUCAUAAAAGAGUCAUUAUGAUUGGAUUUUUAUAUUAUAUAUAUAUA